AUGUCUAGUCGCCGUCUGGUAAUAGUGCUUCGAACUUUUACCCGUUCUCAUUCAACAUCAACAACAAAGAUAACUUCAUCUUCCUUCUCUUCGUCGGUCGAUGUUGCUGAAGUUUCAAAAUUUCGUUUAUUAGCCGAUCGUUGGUGGAAUGAAAAUGGUGAAUUUCAAGCAUUACACUCGCUAAAUCAACUUCGAGUUCCAUUCAUUCGUGAACAACUUUUACAGCAGCAUCCACCAUUUAAUCUUCAUUUGUCUCAUGCAACCGAGAAAACAAUCCAAACACCAACGUUAGCAAUGUCAACAUCAAAAAAUUUUCUAGAACCUUUAAAAGGCUUCAAACUGUUAGAUAUUGGAUGUGGUGGAGGACUACUGGCAGAACCGUUAGCACGUCUUGGUGCGUCGAUAUUGGGUAUUGAUGCAUGUUUGGAAAGUAUUGAAACUGCUAAAUUACAUGCUGAUCUAUCGUUAACUGGUCGUUUAAACUAUAAACAUGUCACAUUAGAACAGUUAUGUGAAGAUCAGAGUGAACACGAAAAAUAUGACGCGAUUAUUGCGUCAGAGGUAUUUGAGCAUAUCAAUGAUAUCGACAAAUUUGUAGAAAAUACGAACAAAUUACUUAAAUCGGGUGGUUUAUGUUUUGUGACUACGAUUAAUCGUACAGUCACAUCCUAUGUGGUCGCUAUUCUAGGUGCCGAAUAUUUGUUCCGUGCUGUACCACAAGGUACACACGACUGGAACAGACUUAUAAAACCUGUAGAUUUAACAAUGAUAUUUGAAAAAAUGAAAACUGGUACAGCUUAG